AUGGCUCCCAAGUCGCGAUUCACAAGGCUCGAUGCCUUUACCAAGACGGUGGACGAGGCGCGGAUCCGAACGACAAGCGGAGGAAUCGUCACAAUUGUGUCGCUGCUAGUCGUCGUGUUUCUCUCGUGGGGAGAAUGGAGCGACUAUCGGCGCAUCGUGGUGCACCCGGAGCUGGUCGUGGAUAAAGGCAGAGGCGAGCGAAUGGACAUCCAUCUCAACAUGACCUUCCCCAACAUGCCAUGCGAAUUGCUGACGCUGGAUGUCAUGGAUGUCUCUGGCGAGCAGCAGCACGGCGUCGCCCACGGAAUCACAAAGUUCCGCCUGAAACCCUCUGCUGAAGGCGGCGCCGAGAUUGAGAGCAACGCUGCUCAGCUGCAUGAAAAGGCUGAACACUUGGAUCCCAACUACUGUGGUGGCUGCUACGGAGCGAAUGCCCCCGCCACCGCCCAGAAGCCUGGCUGCUGCAACACCUGUGACGAGGUUCGAGAAGCGUAUGCGCAAGCCUCGUGGGCCUUUGGAAGGGGUGAGGGCGUGGAGCAGUGCGAGAGAGAGCACUACGCAGAGCGAUUGGACCAGCAGAGGGAAGAGGGCUGCCGCAUUGAGGGUUUGCUGCAGGUCAACAAGGUUGUUGGAAACUUCCACCUUGCUCCUGGCCGAAGCUUUAGCAAUGGCAACAUGCACGUUCACGAUCUGAAGAACUACUGGGACCUCCCUGAGGGCAAGUCGCACGACUUCACCCACAUCAUUCACUCUCUCCGAUUUGGACCCCAGCUUCCGGCCGCUGUCGUUGAGAGAAUGAGCGGAAAGAACACUUGGUCCAACCACCACCUCAAUCCUCUAGAUGCAACCCGCCAGAGUACAAACGACCCCAACUUUAACUACAUGUACUUUGUCAAGAUCGUUCCUACGUCGUAUCUUCCCCUGGGCUGGGAGAAGCGAACUCCUGGCUACGCUGACGGCAGUAUCGAAACACACCAGUAUUCCGUCACUAGCCACAAGCGAAGUCUUAUGGGCGGCGACGACGCGCAGGAAGGCCACCCCGAAAGACUGCACGCAAGGAAUGGUAUCCCCGGUGUCUUUUUCUCCUACGAUAUUUCUCCCAUGAAGGUUAUCAACCGCGAGGAGCGGGCCAAGACGUUCCUCGGCUUCCUGUCUGGACUCUGCGCGAUUGUCGGAGGUACCUUGACUGUUGCCGCUGCUGUUGAUCGUGGAUUGUUCGAGGGUGCGUCCAGGCUGAAGAAGCUCCGGGCCAAGGAUCUAUAA